AUGGGAAAUAAAUAAUAAAAGGUUUUAAAAUCUUAAGAUUAAUUUUUGGAUUUAGACUCAUUUGUAAAAUCUCCUCUUACUCAGCAUAAUAAGAUUUAUAUCAAUUUGUGUGGAAAAAUAAUGAAUCUAAGCAAUAUACUUAAAUUUUCUUAAGCAAUAUCAAGAUGUGUUAAUCUCUCUGUUUUAGUUCUUGAUCUUGCAUUCAGCAACAUAGGAGUUGUAAGUGCAUAUAAUUUGGGCUAAGCUUUAGCAACUUGCAAAGGUCUUUAAGAUUUAAAAAUUGACCUUUGUUAAAAUAAGAUAUCUGAUUUAUUUGUAUAGGAAUUAUUUUCUCCACUAGUUAGCUGUUCUUAGCUGUAGAGCCUAGAUUUUAACUUGUGUAAUAAUGAUAUUAAGUACCAAGGAGUUAUAUUCUUAUGCUCUAAUUUAGAAAAAUACUCAAGUCUAUAAACCUUAAAUUUAUUUUUAAAAAAUAAUGACAUUUAAAUGUGGGGUUUUGCUAGAUUACUUUAAUCUUUAGGUAAAUGUAGUAGUCUUUUAACUGCUAAUCUAUUUGGAAUAGGGGGAAAACCUAUAAAAGAAACGAAUGAAACUUAAUAAAAUUUAGUUAUUAACUAAAAUCAUAAUCUCAAAAGUUUGAAUUUAUAACUGAAUUUGCCUGAUUCUAUUAGUGUAUCUAUUUUAGGUAAUGCAUUAGAAAGUUUCCCUUCUCUUUCUUGUUUAACUAUCAAUCUCAAUUAAAAUAUGAUCUCUGAGGAAGGAGUAUCAGCGUUAGGUUCUGGAUUAGCAAAAUGCCUAAAUUUAUAGAUUCUAAAGCUUUAUUUAGUAGACAAUAAAAUUAGCGGAUAAUGUGCUUUAGAAUUAACCAAAAGUAUAUCAAAGUGUAUUAGAUUAAUCUAUUUAUCGUUGGAUUUAAGGUAAAUUUAUUAAGUGUAAUUCAAAUUAUUUUAUUUAAUUAAUUAUUUUUAACUAUAGUAAAAAAUCAUUUUCAAUAAAUAAUCUUAUUAAUCAACAUUUCAAGUUUACGAUAAAUACUUGUAUAACAAAGUUUAAAAGAUUAGUUAAAAAAAAUAUUUACUUUGA